AUGGUAGAGCUGCACAUACACGAGAAGCACCGGCUCACGCCCAAAGAGCACCGCACGGAGAUGCGCAGGAUCGGGCGACACCAUCCGCUCUUCGAUCCCGGCCUUUCACCCAAAGGUCAGGCCCAAGCCAAGGCGCUCGUGAGGGUCGUUGACGCUGAGCGAGCCAAGGGCAUCCCCCUCCCGAAGCACUUUGUCAGCCCUGCCAAGCGAGCAGUCGAGACAUGGGAGGCUGUCUGGGGCGGCGCAGGGCUGGCCCGACCCGCCGGAGCCACGGCCGUCGAGGUGAGUAGUCAAGCUGGUCCAGGUCACUCCUUCUUGGUGGAGGUAUAUCAGUGGUCCAUGCUCACCAGCAAGUCUCUACGUGAGAAACUCCACGUCCACCUCUGCAACGCCCGCCGUGCCCGUUCCCUUCUCAAAGCAGAGCACCCCCGCCUCAUCUGCCCUUCCCAGAUGCCCGAGUCGGACCCAUGGUGGCAGCCCGGCCUGGACUGCCGGUAUGAUCUCUCCGAUACACAGCCUCCCGCUGAGCUGAUGCGGCGUGAGACGAGGGAUCGGGAGACGGAGGAGGAGAUGUACGUCCGGGCCGGGAAGGCAUUGGGGGAGAUCAUGCGGGACAGCAUCAGCAUCACGAGCCACUCGUCCCUUCUCAACAAGUUCAUCAAGGUGCUGCGGAGCCCGAGUCGCGAGUUGAGCGAGGGCGAGAUCUUUCCUGUGGUGGUACGGGUGGAGACGAUGUCGUAA